AUGACAGAUGUCUGGAAAUCUGUAGGAAAUUAUUGGUGUAAAUAUUGUAAAACGUUUGUACGUAAUGACUCGUUUACGAAGAAGAAGCAUGAGGCUUCAGACCGUCAUCAGGGCUCUUUAAAACGUUUUUUACGAGAUUUGGACAAAAAAAAAGAAAAGGAAGAAAAGGAAAAAAAGGCGGUCCAAAAGGAACUAGAUAGAAUAUCAGGAGUAACAGGACUUGGGACACGUUCUAUUGAUGUAGCUUCUCCGAAAAAAAUAACAAAAAUUCAAGCUAAAAAGGCAAAAUCUACAUCAUAUAAAUCAACAACAAUAUUACCAAUAGAUAUCAAAGAAACUAUUGGAAUAGUGGGUUCAUGGGAGAUUGUUCCUCCUGAAGAAAAGAAGAAAGAUUUAAAUGAGACGGAAAAUAUAUUACCGUCUGAUUCUUUAUUAACCAUAUCAACUUCAGUUCGAUUAAGAGAAGAUUAUGAGGAUUUAAGAUCAUUCAAGAUUAAAGAGAAAACCCUUCCAUUAGAAAUAGAUGAAAAAACAACUGAGGAGGAUACAUCUGAUUUAUUUAAAAAGAGAAAAUUUGUGACAAAUAAAAAUCUGAGGAAAAAAUAA